AUGGGUUGGUGGUGGAAUUCCUCAUCACUUCCGAAACAGGAGACUGAGACUCCCCCUCCGCAACCAUUGCCAGCCAGCAACCCACCCGCACCGUCACCACCGCGGCAGUUGACUCGCGAUGAGCAGGCCGACGCCGAGUGGAAGCAACUGCUGGCCAGUCUGGAAGGAGACCUGAAUGGGUCGAAUCGGGCCUCACAGCAGACAUCAUCGUCAUCUACUACUACUACUUCUACUACUACAGAAUCGUCUGCAGAUACCACUACUUCACCGUCCUCCUCUUCCCCAGCUUCUAUUGCGCCGGAAUCGCUCUAUCCCGAUACCAUGUCCUGCCGCGCAGCGUUCGAUUACGCCUUCUUCUGCCAAUCAUUCGGGGGUCAAUUUGUCAAUGUAUACCGAUACGGCGAACUACGGUCAUGUAGUGAGCACUGGGAUAAUUUCUGGCUCUGCAUGAAGACCCGCACAUGGUCCGAGUCGACACGGAAGCAGGCCAUCCGAGAUCACAACCGGAAGAAAGCGAUCAAGUUCAAGACAGGCCCGAGCAGCGAGGAUGUCUGGGAUUUACGGAUGGAGCCUGUUCAGGAAGCCUUUUCGGGGGAUUUUGCCGCUCUGGAGAGGGAAAUGAAGGCCGAGGAAGAGGCGAAACAGAAGGCCGGGUAG